GUAACAGCAUACCUAGUGACAUUUUCUCGACACUUCGCUCUUAAUCCAAUAACAGCCAUUAGUGUACUUCAUUUGUAAUGUGAGAAAUAUGUCUCAUUUUAAACUGAUUUUACUUUGCCUUUCUACAAUUUUCAUCAAUACAAUUUAUGGUCAAGAACCUAGCAUUGUUGAUGAUAUACUUCCAGACAUAAAGAGAAUUGGGGAGACUGGUAUGCUAAAUUGUACUGUGGCACGGUUAGGAAAAAAUGCGGUUACCUGGUCUUUUAGCAACACAAACCAACUACUGAGUCGAGGUGAAGUUAUCAAUGUUGAGAACAAAGAAAUCGAAGGCCUUAAACGGUUUGAGAUUAAGAAACACGGAACCACUGACCGAAUUACUUUCACAUUAAUAGUUCGCUUUCUGCAAGAGGAUGAUGCUGGACGUUACAUCUGUACCAUUGAAACUAUUGGAAGCUCAGCUGAAAAGUAUCCACAAAAAUAUGGAUACAUCACUGUCCUUUCACCACCUAAAAUAAGUCUUUCAAUGACAACAACCAGAGUUGAGUUGAAGCUCGGUGGUAGCAAAAUAUUAAUGUGCAAUUCUUCAGGAAUUCCUUCUCCAAAUAUUACUUGGGUCAGAACAAAUGGUGAACUGCUACCCAAUUUAAAAUACAGUAAUAAAAAUCCAGUCUUGAUGUUGACUAACGUUCGAAGUGAAGAUCAAGGUGUUUAUCGUUGUGUGGCUGAUAAUACAGUCCGACCUCCAGACCAUUUAGAUGUUAGAGUCUAUAUCAUUUCACCCCCUAUGGUCAGUUAUGUUCAAGACACUGUUGGUCAAGCUCAGAAUGGAAAAUAUUCAGCAAUAUUGGAGUGUAAAGUGUCAUCUUAUCCAGAUGCUGUGUUGAGUUGGUACAAAAAGACCUCUCGGGGAAGGGAUAAAAUAACUGAUAAUGACAAGUAUGAAAUUCAGAAGCUACAAAGCAGCAACCUAAGGCUUGGAGAGACUUGGUACAAACUGAAAGUGAAGAAUGUCCAAGCCAAUGACUAUGGAACAUAUUACUGUGUUGGCGCAAACACUGAGGGAAAACAAGAAACUCAAAUUAUAUUAUUUGAAACUGCAGAGUGUCAAGGCCCAAACUGCCCGUCUCCUACUGGAAGUGGAUCAACUUUAAAAGUUUACAAAAGCAUCCUGUUCAUUCUUGGUGUGUGUUACAUACUUAUUUCAGAUAUCGCUUUUGUAUUAUAAACUGCAGUAUCAUGAAUUCAGUAUUUACAAACUCUAACUAGAGGAGGACCAUCAUUUAGCAUGGCAAUCCACAAAUUUUUUUUUCUAUAUGUACAUACAUCAGUAGUAUUGCAUAAAAUUGCCUGUAGGAUUUGGUAACGUCCUUCAAUAUUCUGAUUUUAAAAUCUUGUCAUUACAUUGAACAUGCCAAGGCUGUUGUAACUUUAUACUUUAGAACAUGCCAGAGUAUAUAGUACUAUAUACUCCCAUGCAAGCAAAAUAGUAAAUUGGAAACACAGAGAAGUAUAUGAAGGGUCAGUGGAAAAAUUUUCCUUUAACUGUAUUUAAUGCAAGAAACAGCUUCGCUUCUUUCUCCAACAUUUUACACAUUUCAACCUAUGCAAGUUAAUGUAUGAAAAACAAAAUAGGAAUUUUGGAAGAAGUAUCUAUAAAACUAGUUUAUAAGCAUUAAAUGGCUAUGGGUGGGGGCACCUGAGUAAAAUAGUAAUGAAAGAUAUCCAUAGAUAAAAAAUGGUUGAGAACCACAGCUCUAGAUGAUUGGUCCAAUGUGGCCAUAAUCAAAUAACUGAAAUUUGCAAAAUUCUCUGUAUUUUUGCUUGCAUUGUACAACCUUAUUUUCUUUAAUAAUUCCUGUAACAAGGAACAGAAUGUUUUUCUUAAUGAUAUCCUUUGUUUUAAAUGUAUAUAUUUACUAUUUUUGUAUAAAAUUCCCCAAAUUUAUUAUGUAUUUUUGAAGAUGGAUAGUGUAGUUAAUAUAUUUUUAUGAAUUAUUUUUCACUUCUUAAAUGAUAUUUUCAUUGUCAGACUUAAGAAUAUUUGAAUUGUAAUUUUGAUGCCAUAAAAAGUUGUUCAAUGCUUUUCUUAAAAACCAUUUUCACCUGCCAUCCAUGACUAUGCCAACUAUCAAGGGUCAUUUUAAAGACUGAUAUAUUCAGAUCCUUAUGAAAUCCUAUUUCCCUUAAAAACUUAACCAUUUCAUUACUAUACUUCUAAUCAAAAUGCACUCAUAUAUUUCAAUUAGAUUCUAAAAUGAUCAUGAAUUUAGACUAGGUUUAUAAAACUAUAACUUUUUUGUCUGAAAAUUACAGGUGAGUGCAGGUAAAAUCUGAGAUAUAAAGUUAUUUAAAAUUUGUUUAAACGUCACUGUAUUAAAUAAUAUUAUCUAAUAUUAUAUUAUACUAAAUGGUUGCUGGUUUCAAAUUAAUCAAACAGUAGGACUAGUACAAGAUGUCAAGUUUGGUAUACAACUUGGUUUACAUGUAAAGUGCUGUCUCUUAAUUUAAUUUCUGACAAAUGUUACUAUGAAAUAAAAACUACUGAUAGUAUGAUUUCCCUUAAAAGAUACUAAAUCUAGGAAGCAGUUUUGUAAGAGUUGUUUGCCAUUCAAUUUUAAGCGGUAAUGUAGCACCUAAACAACCACAAGGCAGAAAUUUCGAACCUGAAUAGGAUGAUGGGUUUUCUGAAAACUUUGUUUUUGAGAUGCAUUAUACAUAAUCUAUUAUAUAUAUCAAUUACUUUUUAUAUACCAUUAUUUUUUCUACCUUAACAUCAACUGUUAUAAUUCAUACAUUUUUUAAUAAAAUAUUUGUAAUAUUUUCAAAA